UAGCCCCGGACCCGGACAGCGGUGCAGAUUUACCAGAACAACGGGACAAAGCAAGGCCAAUGGGGUAACUGAACUGGGGCAGGGCCAAUGUAGCCCUGGCGCACAGAAGCUGGCCCGUAGCCCAUCAUGCCAACCGCCUGUGAUGGGGUCAAAAACGCAGCAGAACUUGGCUGUCACGAUCAACACAUGCCACCCACAACAUGUGCAGAAUACAUUGCACAUUGGGGGCAAGGGGACACAUGUACAGUGCCCUACUCAUCACUAACUUGUGUUGACUUGUUUGUCUGAUUAUCCCCCAGUGCACGACUCAUCACUGACAGACCGGGCCUGGCCCGCUACCGAGAAGUGUUCAGGUUAUUUGACUUCUCUCUAGCAUUCAGGAAGUUCAUCGAACCCGCUCACUUCCGGUACCCAUCCACAUGUUCGGUCCCUCCACAUCCAGGCAUUGAGCUGGAGAUCGCAAACUGUACUGUUACACGGAAUGGCGAUACAACUGGAGAUUUUUGCAUGGGCAGUGCUCACUGUUUGUGUCUACACUUCAGCAGACAGUGGGAGUGUCUGUGCUCCCAGCACUGCUGCUGCUGCUGCAGAGGGGCGGAGCUGCAGCAGGAAGAGAUGUACUGCAGACUCGGACUGCAGAGGGCGCAACAAGAGAUGUCUGUGUGAUGGUCCUUGUGGCAUGAGCUGUGUUAACCCCAAUGGUACAUGUAGAGAGCCAGAGGCUCCUACCCAUGGUGCAGUGUUGUUUGACCGGUUGACGUUUGGCGGUCUGGCGGUGUAUUCCUGUGAUGAUGGACACGUGCUGUCUGAACAGGCCCAGCGACAGUGUACCGGUGACCGCGAGUGGACCUGGCAGGCCCCGGAGUGUAUCAGAAACAGUACUACCUGUGGAGAGGCACCUGAAGUGGUCCAUGCCAUGUAUGAUGGAGAGAGACGCCGGGUUAGUUUCGAUGUUGGGGAGAGACUGUUGUAUCGCUGCAAUAGUGGCUUUUACAGAAUUGGCCAACCCUAUAUAUACUGUGGGGAGAAUGGCCAGUGGUCGUCAGUCCAACUGACAUGCAAAGCACGGAGCUGUGGGAACCCUGGAGACAUUGCUAAUGGCAGGAGAGAAGGGCUGCUGUUCACCUACCCCAACCGUGUCACCUACCGCUGUAACCCCGGCUACACCCUGCAGGGCAGACCAGUCAGGGUGUGUCUGUCCACACAGCAGUGGAGCGGCUCACUGCCACACUGUCAACCUGUGAGCUGCCCUGCUCUUGAGCAUCCAGAAAACGGACACAGGUUUGGCACAGAGGUUACCUACAACAAGGUUGUGAAGUUUUCCUGCAGUACAGGGUACAUCGUCAGGGGCUCCGCGGAGCGGACCUGUGGUGCUGAUGGGACAUGGUCUGGGGAGGAGGCCAGUUGUGCAGUUAUAAACUGUGGAGAGCCUGAUCCAGUGUGGAAUGGAUAUUGGGAAGGCAGGGACUAUGGCCACCGUGCUGAAAUCAGCUUCUCCUGUCGACGUGGAUUUCUCCAUGUUGGAGCCACAUCAGCUGUUUGUCAAGAUGAUGAAACCUGGUCCUCCCCAUCUCCACACUGCUUUGGUAAAUGUGAGAUAGAGCGGCCACCUUCACACGGCUCCUUCUCCAGCAGGGUGUACUCAGGACAGCUGCUGUCACAUGGAGACAGCGUGGAGGUCACGUGUGAUGCAGGGUAUCAGCUGGAGGGAGACAGGCGGGUAACAUGUGACAACGGAACCCUGGCAUUACCAGCGUGCAACCCCCGCCCGUGUGAUGGCAUGCCUGUACUUGAUGAUGGUGAAGUAGAAGUGACAGGUCUGGCCCAUGGCAGUCUGGCGACUUUUAGCUGUGUACGCGGCUUCCGACUGGAUGGUCCACGACAGACAACGUGUUAUCUUGGAAGCUGGAGAACACUGCCUUCCUGCCAACCUAUCUUGUGCCCACAACUUGAUGAGAUAGUGGACGAUGCCCGGAUCCAUCUGCUGAGAGAUGGUUCGUAUGAAAGCUUCUUCCAAAAGAACGACCUGAAACAAGGAGCAGAGGUCCUCAUAUCCUGCGCACCUGGCACCACUCUGCAGGGACCGCGGAAGGCUGAGUGUGAUGAUGGACAGUGGGUGUACAGAGCAGGGCAGGGACAGCCAGUCUGCUCACCAGAUCCGUGCCCUGUAAACGGGGUGAACAUUCAGAGUGACCAUCCUGAUGAAGUUAGACAUGCGGAGAGAGUGACGUUCCGAUGUGCUGAUGGUUUUGAAGUGGAGCCUGGACAGACACAGAUAACCCUGACCUGUGAGAGAGGACAGUGGACACCGCAGAAUCCCACAUGCACUGAAG